GUUGAUAAGUAAUUUGUUGAAGGUGGGAGUUGAUUGGAUAUCAUUCGUGAUUUUUUUUUUCUUUCCUUUUUGGCAAAGUCAUGGUGAAAUGAAUUCAUAAGCUUUGAAAUUGGAAAUUAGAAUACAUGAUGAUUGAUGAGUAGGGAUGUGAGGAUGACACGUCGAUGAUCCACAGCUACUUGCAGCUUUGUAUCAUCCCACGCCACCCAAAACUUCCAUACCAAACCAAAACCACAAACACUAACCUGCUCCAUUUUGCCAUCUCUCUCUCUCUACUCCCUCACACCGAGUGGCCACAGUCUUGGCAAUGCCUGUUUUGGUUGCAGCAUCAGUUUCAGGCGGCUUUGCGUUCCUCUCCCACUUCUCCUUCUCCUCUGACAACGCCUCUCAGAAUGCCUUCACUCCAACCUCGAUAAAUUUCGGUAAUUGUUGGACGAAGCGACCAACUUUCUUAAGCCCCGCAAAAGUUUCUCUUUCCAGCGGCAGCACCACCCAAACUGACGAUGGGCUCGACCAAUCUUCGCUUACCGAUGAUGUUAAACAAGCCCGGAGGUCUGCUGAUUGGAAAGCAGCAAGGGCAUACCACUCUAAAGGACUCACCUAUGAGGGUAGAGUUGAAGGAUUCAAUGGUGGUGGCUUGCUGAUCAAAUUUUAUUCUCUCCUUGGGUUUCUUCCCUUUCCACAGCUGAGCCCCUCUCAUUCAUGCAGAGAACCCCAAAAGUCCAUCCAAGAGAUUGCAAGAGCUUUGGUAGGUUCUAUUGUGUCUGUGAAGGUUAUCCAAGCUGAUGAGGAGAGCAGGAAGUUGAUCUUCUCAGAGAAGGAAGCCAAGUGGUCUAAGUUCUCUCCAAAACUGAAGGUGGGGAACAUUUUUGAAGCUAGGGUAGGGACUGUAGAGGAUUAUGGUGCCUUUGUUCAUCUGCGCUUCCCUGACGGUUUGUAUCACCUCACGGGACUUGUGCAUGUUUCAGAAGUGUCGUGGGAUUUAGUGCAAGAUGUAAGAGACGUCCUAUUCGAGGGUGAUGAAGUGAGAGUCAAAAUUGUAAACAUAGAUAGAGAGAAGUCAAGGAUCACUUUGUCAAUAAAACAAUUGGAGGAAGAUCCCCUCUUGGAGACUUUAGACAAAGUUAUUCCUCAGGACACCUCAGUUGAUCCCGAAGCCUUAAACGGAAGCGAACAUUUUGCUAUAGAACCUCUUCCUGGGCUUGACACAAUUAUUGAAGAGCUGUUGAAGGAAGAUGGCAUCAAUGAUGUGAAAAUCAGUCGGCAAGGAUUUGAGAAGCGGGUAGUUUCACAAGAUCUGCAACUUUGGCUAUCGAAUGCACCCCCAACCGGCAAUCAAUACACACUGCUCGCCCGAGCUGGAAGACAGGUGCAAGAAAUACAACUGGUAACUUCACUUGAUCAAGAUGGAAUUAAAAGAGCAUUGCAGCGAGUCCUGGAACGUGUUCCGUAGUUUGUCAUCCCAACAUCAACGGUAAAGACUCCGAAUUUUCUGAUUGUGUAGCAUUCUACGCUUCUACAUGUACAUAGUUGUAGCGUAUUAAGUUACGUUUCAAAGAAUUCUGAGGGUUGAGGUGAUGUAUAAAUUUGUUCCUUUUUACUGAGCUAUAUUUUUGAACCAUGGAGUAUAUGCUAUGCUUACAUUGUUGUGAAAAUUGUACAUGUAAUAGAUGUUUAUGGCCUCUCGUGCUUCUCUAUUUCA